CCCUCGGCCGGCAGAGCCUUCCAGAGAUGCUGGCGCGCCUUGGGGCCCGCGCCCGCCUGCAGGGUGGCCCGGGCCAUGGCGGCGCUUCCCGAGGGGUCGCCAACCGCAGCCCGCAGCUCUCCUCAGGGAGCGCCAGUUGGGGUCGGCCGUGCGGAUUUGCCCGGCGGCAGCUGGAAAACAUACGGAUAGUGAGGUUGAAGGUGAUAGCUGGAAUUGGCCUUGCCAAGAAGGAUCUUUUAGGAGCAAGUGAUCCCUAUGUGAAAGUGACUGUAUAUGAUUCAUCGAAUGGAAUCCUUACCAGUGUUCAAACAAAAACUGUUAAAAAGACUUUGAAUCCAAAGUGGAAUGAAGAAUUUUUAUUUAGAGUCAAUCCUCAGAACCACAAGUUUCUCUUUGAAGUGUUUGACGAAAACCGUCUGACAAGAGACGACUUUCUCGGCCAAGUAGACGUGCCUCUCUGUCAACUGCUGACAGAGAACCCAGCUACUGAGAGGCCAUAUACGUUUAAGGAUUUUCUUCUGCAUCCAAGGAGUUAUAAAUCCAGAGUGAAAGGGCAUCUCAGGUUAAAAAUGACGUACAUACCUAAAAACAAUGGAUCUGAAGAAGAUAGCACAGAACAGGCAGAAGAGCUAGAGCCUGGCUGGAUUUUAUUGGACCAACCAGAUGUUCCUUGCCAGCUGCAGGAUCAAGAGUCUUCUCUUCCCACAGGCUGGGAAGAAAGGCAGGAUGUCCUUGGCAGGACUUACUAUGUCAACCAUGCAUCACGAAGGACACAGUGGAGAAGGCCAACUGCUCAGGACAGCGGACCUGAUGCCGAGAUGGGUGAUACUCAGUGGGAAGUGCAGUGUGCUUUGGCUCAUCGGCAUCAAAUCACUGAGGAAGUGGAGAACCUUGACCACAGAGAAGCUCCUGAGAGCUGGGAGAUCAUAACAGAAGAUGAAGCAACCAUGUACAGCAGCCAGACUCCCCAGGCAACUGUGCCACAGAGCAACUCUGAUGAAGAGACCUGCCUUGCAGAAGAACUGAACGCUGCACUUACUGUCUCUGGGAGGUCAACUGCUGUCCGUGCAGCGUCCUGCACUAAUGACUUUAACAGAAGAGGUAGCCUGCAGACUCACCAGGCUGAGGAAUACCCAGCACUUCCUGUUUUACUGCCUACUUCAUCCGGGCUGCCUCCAGGCUGGGAAGUCAGGAAGGAUGACAAAGGAAGGCCUUACUAUAUAGACCACAACUCCCAAACGACUACGUGGAAGAAGCCAGCCGUACAAAUGGGUGUGGAUGUGGGUCAGCAGGCCACCGCUCCACUUUCUUCCACCAGACAACAGUCCACAUCAGGUGACUCACUGCAGCAGUCAUUCCAUGAGAAGAAAAUAUCUGAAACUCUUCAAGGAUUUCUCCCGAAAGGCUGGGAAGUUCGUAAUGCACCAAGUGGGAGGUCUUUCUUUAUUGACCACAAUACCAAAACAACAACAUGGGAUGACCCCAGAUUGAAAAUUCCAGCUCAUAUGAGGAGGAAGACCUCUUUGGACCCUGUAGAUCUUGGUCCUUUACCACCAGGCUGGGAAGAGAGAAUACAUACAGAUGGAAGAACAUUCUACAUAAACCACAACACCAAAACAACUCAGUGGGAAGAUCCUCGCUUGCAGAACAUAGCGAUAACUGGACCAGCUGUGCCUUAUUCGAGAGACUAUAAAAGAAAGUAUGAGUUCUUCAGAAAGAAGUUAAAAAAGCAAAGUGAUAUUCCAAAUAAGUUGGAAAUGAAACUUCAUCGUGCCACAAUAUUUGAAGACUCCUACAGAAGAAUUAUUGCUAUAAAGAAACCAGAGUAUCUCAAAGCCAGGCUUUGGAUUGAGUUUGAUGGUGAAAAGGGCUUAGACUACGGAGGUGUUGCCAGGGAAUGGUUCUUCUUCCUCUCCAAGGAAAUGUUUAAUCCUUACUAUGGAUUGUUUGAAUAUUCUGCAACGGAUAACUAUACUUUGCAGAUCAAUCCAAAUUCUGGCAUGUGCAAUGAAGACCAUCUUUCAUACUUCAAGUUCAUAGGCCGUGUGGCAGGGAUGGCUGCCUACCAUGGGAAGCUCUUGGAUGGUUUCUUUAUCCGCCCUUUUUACAAAAUGAUGCUUCAAAAGCCAAUAACUCUUCAUGAUAUGGAAUCUGUGGACAGUGAAUACUACAGUUCUCUGAAAUGGAUUCUUGAAAAUGAUCCCACAGAACUGGACCUCCGGUUCACAGUUGAUGAAGAACUUUUUGGGCAGACUCACCAACGUGAAUUGAAAAGUGGAGGGUCAGAUGUGGUGGUCACAAAUGAGAACAAGCAAGAAUACAUUUAUCUUGUAAUACAGUGGAGAUUUGUGAACAGAAUCCGAGAACAGAUGGCUGCCUUUAAAGAGGGUUUUUUUGAACUAAUACCGCAAGAUCUUAUCAAAAUCUUUGAUGAAAAUGAGUUGGAGUUGCUGAUGUGUGGCCUGGGAGAUGUUGAUGUGAAUGAUUGGAGGGAACACACAAAGUACAAAAAUGGCUACAGUGCAAAUCACAUAGUUAUUCAGUGGUUUUGGAAGGUUCAAAUGGACCACAGUUGUUCACCAUUGAAUACUGGGGCAGCCCUGAAAAACUGCCCAGAGCUCAUACUUGUUUUAACCGCUUGGAUUUGCCUGCAUAUGAAUCGUUUGAAGACUUGUGGGACAAGCUUCACUUCGCAAUUGAAAAUGCUCAGGGGUUUGAUGGAGUUGACUGAGCCCCAGAGAGGAGGAGGAGAGGCUGCACUUCUUUUCUGUGCUGUAAUUCGAGUUUACAAACCAAUCUAUUCCAGGGACUCUAUUGCUGUAUUUAUAUGGCAAUUAAACCUUUAUGAUAUCCUUUUUUUUAGAUGUUAAUUUCAGUAAUGCUUAGUUGCAUUUUGUAUUUCAAACUCUUGCCUUUUUCAAUGGGUGGUACAAAUGACAUCAGCCUUGUGUUACCUCUUACAAAUAUUUGCUGCCUUGGCACUCUGAACUACUGAAAUCUUAAGCUGUGAAAAGCAGAGUUCGUUUGUCUUCCGUCUGUCUGUUGUCCGUGUGUGUUCUCUCUUCAGAGAUAGCAAAACAGCCCAGGGAUUCUGCUCUUGGGUUCCAAGGCACUUCUUUCGACUUUCCAAAGCACCUUACUAUAUUUUUUGAGUAAAACUCUUCAAAUCUUUCCAUCUGUUGGCAGUAAACUAGCUCUGGCUGCAGCUGGGCACACUGUUGCAAGAGUUGAGUUACAGGGGCUUGUGUGCUGGUACCUGUUGCUGAACUGGUUGCCUUAAUCUCCAAGGGCAUCGGGAUGAGUAGGAGCGACUCCAGGGCAUGCAACCGCUUUAGCACAGUUCCCAGCCAUUCCGUGGAACUUGCCUAGGAGGGAAACGUAUUCCUGGUUGAUUGUGCCCUAUGUUUUUAGUAUUCAUACUUCUAUUUUUAAACUUGUUAACUUUUGAGACUGAAAAGCAGCAUGGAUUUAAAUGAGAUUAUUUUAAAAUCUGUUUGGAUUUAUAAACUAUUGUAUUUUUGGUAAAUCAUAUUUUGAUAAAUUGUCUAUUAUUUUUAGCUUUACUUCCUCAAACCACAGUGUUAAGUUGUAACAAAAUGCCUUUUCAUAUUCAUUCUUACAGUAUUGCACCACAAAAGUAUGGGCAUGUUUACAGGGUUUUGUGGGCCAAAUUCAGCAAUUAGAUAUGUGGAAACACUUUGCAGAAUGCACCCAGGGCAGAAUUUAGCCCUGAAAUUACUUCACAUGUUACAUUAUUCCCUUUCUAUCCCAACUGCAUUUUUAUAUUUUGUCAACUUUUAGUCUAAUAACCAAAUAAAAAUACAGUAUAACCAAA